AUGGCGGGUCCGGCUUCCAGCAGUGCAGGCCUCGCUCGGAGCGAAGCUGCCAAGGAGAGGACGACCCAGCUCGUCAAUUCCAACGCCACCGUUCAAUUCCCUGCCGGCAACCGGCGGGGGCAUGAUGGAGCGUCGAAGGGAGGCAAACAUCGGGCUACGCUGCGGCUCCACGACGAAAUUCCCGCUCGAGAUCCGGCUGCUGCGACAAUCCAAGCACUGGUCGUCGAAAUGCGCCAAGUGAUGCAGCAGGUGAUUUCGCGCAAUCGCUACCUCGAAGAAGAGAUUCGUCGCAGUCGGGCAGUCUUGACGCGGGAGCAGGGGCAGAAGGAGUUGUACGCUCGCAGCUACCAUGAAUGUCGAGCCGAGCUGGAGAAGGAGCGCCAGCGAAGCGAAUUCCACAGCCGAGAGUUUCGGGCGCUUUGCUGCCAGCUCAACGAAACUGUUCAGGGUUUCGCCGCGGAUCAUGAGGAAAUCGCGAAGAUCUGCGACCCUCCCUUCUGCACCGAGGGAAAAGGCCUCCGGAAGCUCCACGGCCUCGCACAGCUGCUGCGCGUCAAGCUCGCUCGUGGCGUCCACGCGCAUCUGAGGUCAGACCAGGAGGGAGCGGAGAGGACGAUGCAGGCGCAGGGGAGGAGACCGAGUGCAAUGGCUCAAACCGUGCAAGCACCCCAACGAAUCGUGCCUGGACCAUCAUCGGAACCCGUGGUUCUUCAGAAGAUGGCAGAACCGAAUAGCGUGCCCGCGCCGACAGCCUCACUUGAGGGCUUCUCUCAGCCCGCCGCCGUGUCCAGCUCAGGCGGAGGCGCCCUCCCCGACUCCGGGGCUGUCGUGCCUGCAAAACGCGUUUCCAUAAGCUUGAACACUCAAGGGGCGCUGUCGCCCAGUCGCACAUCUUCGUCUCGGUCGUCAGUUUCCUCCAGACGAGAGUCUGCUCGCCACGCGCCUCCAAAAUCUGCGCCCCAGUUUGGCGCUUACCCAUCGGCAGGCGGUGAAUCAGAGAGUCACCCCCUUGCGGGACGGUCUCAUACACAGCAAGCGGGACUUCCCGCCUCAACGGUCGUUUCGCCGCAAGCUCCGAGCGGCGAGGAAGUCAAUGGAGACAGCGCAGGGCCGCAGAACGCCGAGCUGAAUCAUGUUGAACACGAGGGCGACGGAGACAAUAACUCUCUGUCGGACGGGUCCUUCGAUAGCGACUACACCAGCUACACAAACUCAUCUGCGUCGCCCGACUCGUCGCCGCGGAUCCCGCGGCAGGAGGCUCCUCCUCCGCGCGUGACUCGUCCCAAGUUCGUCCCAGCACUUUCCACGGCUCAGGCGGGCACCGGUUCCUGGAUGUCGGGCGACCGCGAGCCGAAAGAAUAUCCGCAGGGUGUGUAG